GUCAUGGGGAAAGGGAAGAAAAUUGGAAGUACAGGGUUUUGCAAAGGCUAAUGUUGAAUAAUUGUCCACGCAUAUGUUUUGAAAAAUAAAAGGCUUUAAUAAAGAAAAAAAUUAAAAUUAAAUUACCAUAUCUUUGCAGCUGGCUCCAGUACACCCCUGCCUAUUUCCCUUAACUCCCCCCUCUCUUACAAGUUCCUGUUUGUGUUGCCUUCCCCAUGAGAAUGUAAUCUCUUUGAGGGCAGGGAUUAACUUGCUUCCUUUUGUUUUUGUCCUUGAUGUUUACCACAGUACCUGUCAUAUUGUAAGUUCUUAAUAAAGGAUUUAUCUAUCAAUCUAUCUAUCCAUCUAACAUCUCUCUUCCUCUCUAAUUUUUCUUCUUCUUUCUUUCCUCUCUCUUUAGCCAUCCAUUUUUUCUCACUCAUCUAUCCAUUUAUUUCUUUCCUUCCCUCCCUGUCUCUCUCUCUGUCUGUGUGUGAUGUGUUUCUCUCCCUAUCUCUGUCUCUUUCUAUCUCUCUCUCUCAUAUAUCUCUUAUAGAUUUUUUUUCUCUAUUCAUUCUCUCUCUGUCUUUUAGUGUCUUUUUUUUUCUCUCUUUCCCUUCCCCUCCCCUUUCUCCUCCCCUCUCUUUCUCCUCUAUCUGUUAUAUUCUGACCAGAGCAAAGAUCAAGGUGUGUCUAAAUGGCAAACUAUCAGAAAAGAUUUUAUCUCUAGAUCAAUCUCUCACCCUGCCAGGUGUUGGGCUCCUUCUUAAGCAAAACUGAAAGUGUUCUGCAAAAUUGUCAAAAAUCAAGACAGAAGUGCUUCUUAAGUGUUAACACUGCCCUUGUUCAGUCAGCCCUGACAGCACAGAAGAAGAAGUACUUCUGAGCACCAUCCACCAUCACUAUUGCUGCCAUGCAGGCAGUCAAGAAACCCCCUGUCCUGACAGCAAGGAAAGGCCUAACGGAUUGGUGCUAUUCUACUGGUCUGUUCAGUAUUCAGACUGAGAAAGCUGUUAUGAUUCAGAACAUCUGGUAUGGGAGUGUGAAAUGGGCCAUUUUUGUGAUCAUUAUCAUCUACAUUAGCUUUUGUUUGUGGAGUGAGAAAUUGUAUCAACGCAAGGAACCUCUGAUCAGCUCCGUGCACACCAAAGUUAAAGGAAUAGCAGAGGUGACUGUAGGGAAUAAUACCAGAGUGUUUGACUCAGCAGAUUACACGUUGUCCUUGCAGGGAAAUUCAUUCUUUGUGAUCACCAACUUUCUAACUACAGAAGGCCAGACACAGGGGAUCUGUCCCGAGUUUCCCACCAACAAGACUUGCUGUUCUUCGGAUAAAGAUUGUGAAAAGGGGAGUACUGAUCCACUGAGCAAAGGGAUUCAAACGGGAAAAUGUGUAAAAUAUAAUGUGACCAAGGACCACCCAAAGAUCCAAGACCUCCCAGAUGUUUGUAAGCACCAAAAGACCUGCGAAAUUUCUACCUGGUGUCCUACAGAGACAAGAAAAAAGACUCCUCAGCCGGCACUCCUGGCCAGUGCUGAAAACUUUACUGUCCUCAUAAAGAACAGCAUUCACUUCCCAGGCUUCAACUAUAGCACAAGAAAUAUCUUGCCUGAAACGAACAUUUACUGUACAUUUCACAAGACCCUCAGACCAGACUGUCCAAUUUUCCGGCUGGGAGAUAUUUUACAGGAAACAGGGGCCAAUUUUUCAUCUGUGGCCGUUCAUGGUGGAAUUGUGGGCAUUGAGAUCUCCUGGGACUGUAACUUAGAUGCUUGGUUCCACUCCUGCAGCCCCAAAUAUAGUUUCCGUCGCCUGGAAGACACGAUGAUCUUGAAGUCUUUGGACCCAGAGAAUAGUUGGUUAGCUUCAGUUUUAUCAGGAUCUUUCAGAUAUGCCAAAUAUUAUAUGGAAGACGGUAUAGAAAAACGAACUCUCAUCAAAGCUUUUGGGAUCCGAUUUGACAUUCUAGUUUUCGGCACAGGAGGAAAAUUUGAUAUUAUUCAACUGAUUGUGUACAUUGGGUCCACCCUCUCCUACUUUGGUUUGGCCACAGUGUUGAUUAACUUUCUUAUUCAGAUGUACACAAACAAAUGCUGUCGAUCUUGGCUUUAUCCUACUUGUAAGGUCUGUGAGUCCUGUUCUGUCAAUGAAUACUACUAUGAAAAGAAAUAUGAAACCAUUGGCCAGCCUAUACCGACAUCAAGGUAUGUUUCCUUUGUGGAUGAGCCAUACAUUCGGCUGGUAAAUCAAGAUUCACUAAUGGAAAGUUUGCAAGAUAUGGAGGGUGAAAAAAUUUCAAGACCUCAGAAGGAUUUCAAAGACUUGGAUAAGAUGUCCCCCUCAUCUGACACCAGCCCCAGCUCUGUAGAAAUUCAACUCCUUAAUGAAGAGCCAAGUCCUCCAUCCCAUGGCAGGCCUGAGUGGUGCCGCUGUGGGCACUGCCGCCCGUCCCAACUCCCAGAGAGCAACAAGCGCCUGGAGGAGCUGUGCUGUCGCAGGAAGGAGGGUCCUUGUAUCACCACUUCAGCCCUCUUUGAGGAGCUGGUCCUCUCUAGAGCCACCCUGCGCUUCAUCUUGCUCUACCAAGAGCCCUUCCUGGAGAUGGAUUCAGAUGCCCUAAACAACCGGCUCCGGCACUGUGCCUACGGGCGCUACAUCGACUGGUGCUUUGGGUCCAAGGAUAUGGCUGACCUUGCCAUCCUGCCCAGCUGCUGCCGAUGGAAGAUCCGGGAACGCUUUCCCAAGCAGGAUGGAAAGUACACUGGCUUCAGGAAUCCUAACAGACACAAACAGUCCUGGAGAGGGCUAACUCUUAGAGAUCAUUCUUUUAAGGACUCACCCAUUUAACCGUUUACAUUAACAUGUGCUUUCCUGGCUUGAAGCUCUGAAUGCAUCCGCAUACACAACACCCAACAGGAAAAACAACAGAUUGAGAGUUAGGAGACCUGGGUUCUAGUCUCUGCUCUGAUAAAGUUUGGUAGUGACUUAUUUGGCCCUACUUUUUAGUCUCCAUAAUUCAAUAUCUGUAUUUGCAAAAUAGAAAAAAAAAUAAUAAUACCUGCCUAGUUUAUCAGCCUUGGUAGUAUAAAUUAUCCCCUUGUCUGUCUUUGUAUCUGGCAGUAGCUAGAUGGUGCUGUGAAUUGAGUUCUGCCCCUGAAAUCGGAAAAUCCUAAAUUUAAAUCUGCCUUCAAGGAGCAGCUGGAUGGCACAGUGAAUAGUCUGUAGACUAUUGGAGUCUGGAAGGCCUGAAUUCAAAUGUGUCCUUAGAUACUUAACACUUACUAGCUAUGUGUCAUAUAAUCCCAAGUGCCUCAAAUUUUAUAUAUAUAUAUAUAAUUAAUCUGCUCUCAUAUAUUUUUCUUAGCUGUGUGACCCCUGGACAAGUCACAUAACCUCAGUUGCCUCGCCUCCAAAAACUAAAUAAUAAAUAAAUAUAAUAAAUAAAUAAAUAGAUCUGUCUUUCUAUAUUUUUCUUAGGUAUGUGAACCUAGGCAAGUCACUUAACUGCUGUCAGCCUCAGUUUAUCUAUCUGUAAAAUGAGGAUAAUAAUAACACCCAUCUACCUUCCAGAUGGUUGUGAGGAUAAAAUGAGAUAAUAUUUGUAAAGCUUUUGGCAAACCUUAAUAUGCUAUAUAAAUACUGGCUGCUGUUAUUAUCCAUCUUAUUAAGACAUUUUAAGAUAUGAAGCACUCACUACCAAAAGCAAUGAAUAAAUGUUAGACUUUUUAGUGUAUCUUUUAAAAGUACCAUGCUGGGCAGUUAGUUGGUGCAGUGGAUGGAGCACCAGCCCUGAAGUCAGGAGGACCUGAGUUAAAAUCUGGCCUCAGACACACUUCCUAGCUGGGUGACCCUGGGCAAGUCACUUAAGCCCAAUUGCCUCAGCAACAAAAAAGAAAGAAAAAGUACUGUGUUUAACAGUUUAGAUACUAAUCUGAGAAAGUAAAACAUGCAGGAAUGCAUGAAAAGCAUCUUUUAAUUCUUUUGUUUGCUGUUAUUCGCAAUCCCCAGACUUGAAACCUUAGAGAGAAGUCUCACUGACCCCAAACCAAAACCAUGAGAGUAAGCCUCCACUUGUCUGAGGUAAAUACACUUACAAGGUCAACCAUGAGGCCAGCCAGAGCCCUGCACUCCAUCCUUCCUGUCUUUUCAUCUUCCUUCACUCCCCUCUAUCAGUUAUAAUACUCAGGGAUCUUAGACGUAGAUUCUGGAGCAGUAGCCACAGCUCACACUUCAUGUCUCCACCAAUGAUUUCUUUAGGAUCCCUGGGAACUGAGAAUACCAGUGGCACAUCCCUAAUGCGUGUCAUGGUAAGCCUUGUUCUCCAUCUCAUGCAAAAGCUUAGAAGCUGCUUUUUGCUACUAUAUCCCACAAUGGAUGUGUAGAUCCUGGAGGUUGCACGUCACAGAUGGGGCAUGGAAGACAGCCUGGAAGCCCAAAACAAGGUUCAUUCUUUCUUCCCUGUGCAUCUGAAAGAAAAUUGAAGUGCUAUCUAUCUUUGUUUCCUCAUUGAAGGUCUAGCUUGUUAUAAAACAAUCUUUAAUAAAUCUCUAUAUAACUUUUGUACAUAA